CGACCACCUGGCUUCACGAGCGGCGGAAGCAGCAGUCAUCAUUCAACAACCCACAGGACCAGUCCUGCUCUUCCAGCAGGCGGGGCGUGGGUUGGCAAGCUGCCUGUCCGCGCGUUGAGCGCCCAACCUGGGCUCCCGCCCAGAGAAUCUCUCGUCGGUUUCUGCCCGACCCAAACCUGUAGCCCUGGGCUCCGGGCGUAUGGCUGCGUCGUCCACCACACCCUCGGCGCUACCGUCCACAUCCGCGGCUGACGCCGUUGCCAGACUAACCGCCAAAGCCGAUGAGGAGGCAGGGGCAGGGGCUGCGUCAGUAACCGCGGAAGCCGAGGCGGAGGCUUACGAACGGACCCAUGUUCACGGGGUCUACGAGGCGAUUGCACCGCACUUCUCGGCCACCCGGUACAAGCCCUGGCCGGCCGUGGCAUCGUUCCUGCGUGCCCAGCCCCGCGGUGCCAUAGGGCUCGAUGUGGGCUGUGGCAAUGGCAAGUACCUGGGCGUGAACCCAGACGUGUUCAUGGUGGGCUCCGACAGGAGCCCCUCGCUCAUCGCGCUUGCCAGGAGCCGCUGCAAGCAACUGCAGUUCCAACAGGGAUUAGCUGCAGGAGCAGGAACUGGAGGGGACGUGGGUGGCGCAGCGGUGGGCACCGAUGUCCUCGUGGCAGACGGGCUCUCGCUGCCCUUUCGCGAGCGUGCUGCAGACUUCGUCAUCUGCGUGGCCGUCAUCCACCACAUGUCAACGCGGGCAAGGCGGCAAGAUGCAAUUCGCCAGCUCUUGCGAUGUGUCCAGCCCGGAGAGGCCGGCCGGAACGGGGGAAGGGUCUUGGUGUACGUGUGGGCUCUCGAGCAAGCCACCAGCCGACGCGGAUGGGACAAGGGGGGAGAGCAGGACUUGCUGGUGCCAUGGGUCCUAAAGUCCCAGCAGAAGCAGCGGAGAGAGCAAAAAGGAAUUCGGGACCAUGGCGCUGUCGGCGAUACUCCUGGCAGUAAGAGCGGUGACAGACCGCCUUCACCAGCUGCUACGUCUGCGGAGCCAGGGGCAGGUCCGAGCCAGACCGACCCCGUCUUCCAGCGCUACUACCACCUCUACCGCGAAGGAGAGCUGGAAGAGGAUGUGCUGGCUGCUGGAGGCGUCGUCGUCUCCAGCGGCUACGAGAAGGACAACUGGUGGGUUGUGGCUGCCAAUGGGCCCGUCCAUCCAUAAGCCCCGAAAUCCAGACAACGUUCCCUCAGGACCG